AGUAAAAGGCUUAGCCGGUGUCCCGAGACAGUCGAGAUUAUCCGCGAGUACGAGAAACCAUGGCGUCGAGAUUACUUCGCUGCUUUUUGGCGGUGAACAUCGGAGUGUUGAUGAUUGUUGUUAACGAUUGUGCUAGAACUAGUGAAGUUGAUGUUAGACCUACGAAGAUGUGGAGGUUUUUGGGAAACAACGACGAAGCUGUCCUUCAAAGAUUCAGGGAAAAUAUCGACGAGUUUAGUGUGGGACGGAUCAAAUGCUUGAGAUACUGCAUUCAGAGUAGAUCCAUCACGGAUCAGUCACCGCAUGUUCUUCAUUUAAUUUGGAAACUGGGGAUGAAACAUACGUCAGAGAUGGGGUCAGCUGCGAUUUCUGAUAGAGACUUCACGCCUGAAAUACUCCAAGGAAAAUCGAUCAAAUCAGAUGAUUCCUGGAAUUUACGAAGUAAAUGCACGUUUUCAAUCGUAAUCGGAUGUGAGCUUUCGCGAGGCCUCGAAGAUAAUGUUAGUAAAGUAGAAAAAAACUUCAUAAAAAGUCUGCAGCCUAAUCUCGAAGGCUCAGAUGAUAAUGGCUCGUCGACACUAAACUUUGUAAGCGAAAAGCUCGUCGACAAAAGCGGAUUGACGAAUGCAACGGAAAUUGAAUUUUCGGUGCAACCGGAUCAAGCGGAAAUCAGUGCCAUUAUCCUCGGAAACGUCUCUAAAAUCGACUUGAAAAUGCCUAUAGGUAACGACGCAUCUCUUGGCAGCACGACGAGGACAACACCGCCGCGAUUGACGCUCGCCACUUCGCGCAUGCCCGUCGGACUGAGACUCAACGUGCUCAACCCUCCGCCAGGGGGCUGGCGUCUAGGGGUGGACGGGGGUGAGGGAUACCGGCUGAUCGUGACGUCGGCGCUUGUGCCCGCGUUUUUCGAGGGAAGAGAUUCGCUGGAUCGUCUCGUGGACGAUGGUAUGAGAGUAGCAGCUUUAGAGGCCGAAGAUCCACAGACAAUGCACAAAGAUGCAGGCAUAUCUUCUCGUCAGAUAAGAGUUUUGGAUGAAAACAGAGAGCAGCUAGACGUGUUUAAUGACCCAGAAUCGAAUCGUGAAUUUUCUGACAGCAUGAUAGCAGACGGUCAAUCACUUGACGGACAGGUAGAACCGAAGUCAUUCAGAUUUCCAGAAGUAAAAAACGAUGUUGAUAUGAUGGAUACGAGCACCAACUUUACAUCAAGAAUGAACACCGACCUUAUCGAAGACAGAAUGAUAGAUCGAGGAUCCCUGGAACUAGACGAUUUGACUAGAUCGAACAGUAAUGAAUUACCAAUCAAAAAGCAUCUCAUGGUAGAUCUGAACCCUAGCACAAACCUAAUUGCAAAUCCCGGAACUAUUCAUCAAGUGACUUUCGAUAUAACUAAUAAUCACAUCUUAACAAUCCAGCAUUAUUUUGUGCCUAAAAGCUCGUUCUUCAGAAUAGUUUCUGUUAGACCACCGUCUGAUUCUAUAGUGAUACCUCCAGGUCAAACUAUCAGUGUGAGGGUGUACAUCCAGGUACCACCUACCGUUUCCGAAUCAGUUCUUAAUACAGUAUCACUUCAAGUUCAAGGCAUCGAAGCUUUGGAAAAGACUGCCAAUAUUUACGUACGAUCAGCGGGAAGUCGGGUAUUCGACGAUGUCAGGCCGACGAUUUACUACUACUUUAACAACAAUUGUGCGGGAAGAACGAAUGCGGAGAAAUGCUUGAAAAGCUACUGGAGUGUCGACAUUACGAUACAAGAUUCGGAGUCAGGUUUAAAGAGCGUGACGUCGACUCCAAGAGGAGCUUAUCCACGUUCCCAGUACGUCAGCGGUACCUCGAGUCCCGUUUACUUCUAUUACUCCAACAAUUGUUGUAGCCGCGUGCUCGAGAUCUCGGCGACCGACGUGUCGGGAAAUGUUUAUUCCAGAAGAAUCGACGUUGGAGAAUGGUACAAUCUGACAGAAGGGGAGAUCGCAGCAGUUGUCGUAGGCGUACUUUUUAUCAUCCUCCUAAUUAUUCUAAUCGUCAUAUCGAUUUUGUAUUGUACUAAUCGACGAUCGAGUCAUGAUUUGCCGUACUCCCAACGAUAUGGAUCCAGAUCAGCACCGCGCAGUUCAGAGUAAUUUGUAAUAACUCGUACAUUAUUAACUCAUGACAAGACUACGCAUUUAUAUUGCAAAAUUUUCAUUGCAUUUAUUCUAUAGUUUAAAAUAUUAGCGUCAAGGUUCGUCGUCUUCAAAAGGCAUGAUUUGUGUAUUUACUUGUACUUAAAUUAAGAUGUAGUACUCUAAUGUUUGAUUUUUACGUUUGUAUCUAUUUUUAAAUAAAAUCAUAAUAUUUACAA